CAGGUCAUUGAUCAUCUUCAACCCAACGGAGCAGCUCCGUUCGUCCGUCAUCAGCGUCAUCAUCGACUCUCCGGACGCUCGCGUUGUCGAUGCAGAAACGGGUCGACCAAUGGCUGCACAGAUCUCUGCGGUGUGGGCGGAGCCAAGCCAAGCUUCAUCAGAACACUUCCAGCUCGACUUCGUGGCUGAACUUCCUCCUCUGUCGCUCGUCGUGUAUCAUGUGACCAAAGCCUCGGUUGGCUCCGCCCACCGGGCUCGGUACACCUUCCAUCGCCAUGGCAACCCGCCGGCUAUCCAGUUGGAGCACUUCCAGGUGUCCAGCCCAGAGGCCGACGCCCCCCUGUCGCUUAGCAACAAGCACAUCCAAAUAUGGAGCUCCCCGGAGACCGGCCUGUUGCAGAAGCUGCAUCUGCAGUCCGGUCUGGUCCGUCAGGUCCAGGUCCAGUUUCUGUGGUACGGAACCAGAACCAGCCAGGAAAAGAGCGGAGCCUACCUGUUCCUACCGGGGGAGGAGGGGGCCCAGCUCUACUCGUCCUCAGAGCCCCCCCUGGUUCGGGUCUCCAGAGGUCCGGUCUUCUCUGACAUCACUUCCUGUUUCCGACACUUUACACACACGAUCCGACUGCUCCACCUGGACG